UUUAUGCAACUUCGCGGUUUUUUUCCGAGCUUUUGGAUUUAGUGAUCAAUGGUCCAGUGACUCGCACGGGCUGCGCACCGAGUUACUCACGAGUAAAAACCAAAAUUAUAGAAAAUGUUGCAAAUGAGAUAUUUGUUUUUGUUGGCUUGCUCUCUAUUGGUUUUGGGCUCUCGAACAGCUGACGGCUUCAUCCUGCGGCUGAUCAGCGAAACUCUACAGAACAAUGUAGCUGGAGAGCCGAUAACUCACGUGCGAACCGAUUGGGAUUUCGAUCCAGAGGCGGCUAAAAAAGCGCGCACGCUGUACUACGAGAAAAAUGGAUAUCGUUCGGCCAAGUUUAUAGAGCGCCUGGGCGUGGGACUCGAUGGACGGCACGAGGAGCGCAGGCAGGAGCAGCGGGAACGCGACGUGGGCCGCUUGAAUGGCGAGCACUUUAUCAACUAUCCAGCUUAGUUUGGAAGAGGGAGAGA